GCAGCUCCGCGGCCGCCGCUGGAGCCGCUCCCGCAUCGCGCCCGGCUGCAGCGGCAGCCCGGCAGCCCGGCAGCCCGUGCGCCGCCGGGCCUGAGCGCCGAGCGCCGGCUCCGACAUGUCCGGCAAGAUCGAGAAAGCAGAUUCUGAGCGUUCCCAUCUCUCCUCGUUCACAAUGAAGUUGAAGGGCAAGUUUCAUUCACCCAAAAUAAAGAGAACACCCUCAAAGAAAGGAAAGCAAGCUGACCUGACAGUGAAAACACCAGAGAAGUCAGUGAACAAAAAUGUAUCGUGGCUAGAGGAAAAGGAGAAGGAAGUUGUCAGUGCCUUGCGCUACUUUAAGACUAUUGUGGACAAAAUGGCAAUUGAUAACAAAGUGUUGGAGAUGCUGCCAGGCUCAGCAAGUAAAGUGCUGGAAGCCAUCCUGCCCUUGGUGCAAACUGACCCACGCAUCCAGCAAAGUUCUGCCAUCUCAUCCUGCUACAGCCGAGUGUACCAGAGCCUGGCCAACCUCAUCCGCUGGUCUGACCAGGUGAUGCUGGAGGGGGUGAAUUCAGAGGACAAGGAGAUGGUGACAACAGUCAAGGAUGUCAUAAAAGCUGUUCUGGAUGGAGUCAAGGAGCUGGUCAGACUCACGAUUGAAAAGCAGGAGCAUCCCUCUCCCACAAGCCCAGUUAAACCCAGUUUACCAGCAUGUAAAUCUGACAGCCCAUCAGAGCUUCCCCUCACAGACCGAGAAAUGGAGAUCCUCAACAAAACAACUAACAUGACUCAAUCCAACGAGCUGCUGACUGACUCCAUGGAUGAAGAAGUUGCACCUCCUAAACCCCCUCUGCCCAGCAUUCGUGUGGCAGAGAACAGCCCUCCACCAGCAUUGCCCCCUAAAAAACGUCAGUCUGCACCUUCCCCAACCAGAGUGGCUGUUGUGGCCCCCAUGAGCCGAGCUACCAGUGGGUCCAGUUUACCUGUUGGGAUCAACAGACAGGUAACCAAGUAUUUGCUGAAGCCCCAGGAUUUUGAUGUUGACUGCUAUGCCCAGAGGAGGUUGUCAGGUGGAAGCCACUCCUACGGGGGAGAGUCUCCUCGCCUCUCUCCAUGCAGCAGCAUUGGCAAACUGAGCAAGUCUGACGAGCAGCUCUCCUCUCUGGACCGCGACAGCGGCCAGUGCUCCCGCAACACAAGCUGUGAAACCCUGGAUCAAUCGGAUCACUAUGAUCCAGACUACGAAUUCCUGCAGCAGGACCUCUCCAACGCUGAUCAGAUACCUCCUCAGGGGCCAGGCGUCCUCAGCCCAUUGCCAGAGUCCUUGGGUGAGUCUGGCUCCCCUUUCCAUGGACACACUUUCCAGCUGCCGCAGGGCAGCUCUCCUCCACUGGAAUUCUGCAGCCUCUCGGGAGCAGCGCAGCCGACAGAGACUCCCCCAGCUCUGCCCGAGAAGAAGAGGAGGAGUGCAGCCUCGCAGACUUCGGAGAGCUCGGGCUGCAGGGUGUCCUACGAGCGGCACCCGUCCCAGUACGACAACAUCUCCGAGGACGACCUGCAGAGCGCCGUGCUCGUCCCGUCAGUGCCCUUCACCCCCUUCGCUGCUGUGCUGCCUUUCCAGCAAGGAAACUCUUCAGCACCAGUGGAAUUCAUGGCUGAUUUUGCUGCUCCAGAUUCCAACAGUGACCCAGAAAAGCCGCCACCUCUGCCAGAGAAGAAAAACAAGCACAUGAUGGCCUACAUGCAGUUUGUGGAAGACUACUCAGAGCCGCAGCCGUCCAUGUUCUACCAGACCCCUCAGAACGAGCACAUCUACCAGAAGAAGAACAAGUACCUCAGGGAAGUCUACGGGAUCAAUGACUCCUUUAUCAGCUUAGACUCCUCUCAAGAUCUGGCACCUCCUCCUGCUCUCCCACCCAAGCAGCGGCAGCUGCAGGCCUCCUAUGCUGCCUCUUCUUUCUCUUCUGUCUCCUACUGUGUCCAGCAGCCUAAAGUGCCCUUCACCCCCGAGGACUGCGGUGCCACUCAGGGCCUCACUAUGUCAGUGUCUAACUCCUUUCUGAGCCGGCACAGCUCCUUUCCUGUGCACUCGUACAAAUCUGUGUUUAGGUCCUACUCCCAGGACUUUGUGCCUCACAACCAAGUCUCCAUACCUCCUUUCCUCUCUUCUACCUCCACCUCCUGCUCCACCCCGCCUUUCCCACCCGUCCAUCUGUCCCAGAGCCCCGACCUAGCGGUGCCCGCUGCAGCCAGCCAGUCACCCAGCACUGUGGAUGUGCCAAACUCCUCUUCUCAGGAGAGCAGCUUUAACGGGAAUGCUCCUGUCUGCCUUCCUUCUGAAACCUCUUUCACUGAUUCUCUCCAGACGCCUUCGAGUGAAAACGCCAGUGAGGAGGCUGGUGAGGGUGAAUAUGUCAAUCUGUAUUCCUCUGGCCAGAGCAACGGGGAACUCCCAGGCUCUGAAGGAGAAUCUCCCCCUGUCAAAGAUGGCCACUCCAAAGACUCGGCUUUGAACAGCAGUGCCAUGGGGAAGGAGGGCAAAGAUGGUGCUGAAAGGCAGCCACAGUCACCAGAUGCUUUGGAGUCAUCACAGCUGGAGGAAGAGGUAGAUGAGCUGUCCCUUAUUGACCACAGUGAAAUCAUGUCUAGAUUAACACUGAAGCAAGAGGGGGAUGAUGGGCCAGAUGUCCGUGGUGGAUCUGGGGACAUUCUGCUGGUGCACGCCACGGAGACCGACAGGAAAGAUCUGGUGCUGUACUGUGAAGCCUUUCUGACUACAUACAGGACAUUUAUUACCCCUGAAGAGCUCAUCAAGAAGCUGCAGUACAGAUAUGAGAAGUUUUGCCACUUCCCAGACACGUUCAAGAAGCGAGUCAGUAAGAACACCUUCUUCGUGCUGGUGCGAGUGGUGGAUGAGCUGUGCUUGGUGGAGUUGACAGAGGAGAUCCUCAAGCUGCUGAUGGACCUGGUGUUCAGGCUGGUGUGCAGUGGGGAGCUGAGCCUGGCCAGAGUGCUGCGCAAGAACAUCCUGGACAAAGUGGAUCAGAAGAAAAUGCUGAGCUACGCCAACUCCAUCAAACCUCUCGCGGCCAGAGGGGUGGCAGCCAGGCCAGGGACACUGCAUGAUUUCCACAGUCAUGAAAUAGCUGAGCAGCUGACCCUGCUGGAUGCUGAACUCUUCUAUAAAAUCGAGAUCCCAGAAGUUCUGCUUUGGGCAAAGGAACAAAAUGAAGAGAAGAGUCCCAACCUGACACAGUUCACAGAGCACUUUAAUAACAUGUCCUACUGGGUCCGUUCAAUAAUUAUGCUACAAGAGAAAGCCCAGGACCGAGAGAGGCUGCUCCUUAAAUUUAUAAAGAUUAUGAAGCACUUACGAAAGCUGAAUAAUUUUAAUUCCUAUCUGGCCAUUCUUUCUGCACUGGAUUCUGCACCCAUCCGAAGGCUGGAGUGGCAGAAGCAAACCUCAGAGGGCCUGGCUGAGUACUGCACCCUGAUCGACAGCUCCUCGUCCUUCCGCGCCUACCGAGCGGCCCUGGCCGACGUGGAGCCCCCCUGCAUCCCCUACCUAGGCUUGAUUCUGCAGGACCUGACCUUUGUCCAUCUGGGAAACCCUGAUUACAUUGACAGCAAAGUGAACUUUUCCAAGCGCUGGCAGCAGUUUAACAUCCUGGACAGCAUGAGGUGCUUCCAGCAAGUACAUUACGACAUCAAAAGGAACGACGACAUAGUGUCCUUCUUCAACGACUUCAGCGACCACCUGGCCGAGGAGGCCCUGUGGGAACUGUCCCUGAAAAUCAAACCUCGCAACAUCACGAGGCGGAAAACGGAUCGGGAAGAGAAAACCUAGGAGGAGGGGUUGUGCGAGGAGAAUCGCUCCGCAGAGGCGCCGAGGGCAGCUAUGAGACUGGAGUUCCGUGUUUGUACCUGUCACUGGAUGACACACCCUCCCUGCCAGCGGCACCAUCCCCGGGGUGGGAACGCCGGGCGCGGAGGCGCCGGCGCAGCCGCCGAGGGCAGAGAUCGGCCGGUGCUCGCGGCACUCGCCCUCCUCCUCCUCCCGUCCCCCUGUGCCAUGAACCAGCUUUAACCCCGGGGACAGAGCUGUGUGGAAGGAGUGUCCCACGCAAGCGUGUUGCUGGUUUGCUGGCCUGUUGCAGUCAGGCGUAGCCUGGCUUUGUUUCCAUCCAGAGCAGGGGCAGCAGGAGCUCAGCUGGCUCGUCUCCGGAGCGGCGUCGGGCAGCAGCAGCCGUGGAAGCCAAGGGUUGGAGUCUCCCCUGCAAUGCCACCUUCCCAACGUGUUCGUGAGGAUGGAAGGGUCUCGUGCUGCCUGCCAGAGGAGCUCUGCUUCCAGAGAGCUGCUUGUGUUUACAGGGGUCUCGGCUCACCCCAGAUCUCUGGCGCCUUCUUCACGGGAGGAAGGCACCGCUCGUAGAUACGGAAGAGGCACUGAAAAUGUGGGCAGGGACCCGCCAUCUCCAGUCAUCACACCCCCCUCCUCCUCUCAGAUCCCGUUAUUUAAGCACCAGUGAAUCCCUCUGAACCUGGAAGCACGGAGUGCCCAGGUCCUGGGGACACCUGCCCGUGACCCCGUGUCCAUUAGCGAUGGUACUUAGCUUUUGCACAGGAAAUGCUGUAGGAUACAGACUGUACAUACCUAGUGUUUAGAACCCCCUGGGAAUUUUUGAUGCAUGUCUGAAUACCGAUGAGUUUAUAGGAAAAAAAAAAAGGUGCAAACCAGUCUGUACAAAAUCCACAACCAGUGACAAAGUUGUUCCAAGUGCUGGAUAAAGGAGGCUCGGAGUGGCCAGGUGGGCACUGGCUGCAGAGCAGGGGCAGGAGCCUCAUGAAGGAGCCAUUUCUGGGUUGGAAGUUGGAACCAGGAAGGAGCCCUGUGCCCAGCUGAACCACCCUGUCCUCCCACCAACUCCUCUCUCCUCUCUCUGUUGCCAAAUGUUUUUUUCUGGGGUCCCUGUUGGGACCCUCAGUGCUGUGCUUUCAGAGCUGUGCUUUGGCAGGACCCCCAGCAAGUCCCUGCCCCCAGUCCCACCGUGCUGGUGCCAGCAGGGCAGGGACAGCCCAGCAUGGAAGGACGAGGCAGGGGGGUCAUUUCCCACACACACAGUGUUAACCCCAAUCUGUUCAGUGUGCCUUAUUCAGCCCUUCUGUCCCCCCUCUGCAUCCCACCCAGCACAGCCCCAGCCAGGCCAUUUCACAUCCCUCCUCUCUGUCCUGCUCCAGUGGUUUGCUGUUGGAUCGUGGGUGUGACUGUGCCCUGCAGGUUUCAGCAGCCUUGCAAGACCCUCCUCAGCUCCCUGCCACGUGGGCACAGGUUUUUACAGGGUUCUGACAAAAUCCUGCAGGUUUAGGGCAGCAGCUCCCAAGGAAUGCAGACAUGGGGUUUCACCCAGCAUCCUUAACUUCUCAAUAGCAGCUCUGUGGCUGCUAAAGGCUCUGUUCUGGGUGAAUCAAAGCUGCACUCUUUUCCCUCUCCAAACAGAUUGCAAAGCCUUGGGCAGCUCUGCCUGGCUCUCAGGAGAGUGACAGCCCAGGAUUUUACCCAGCUUGGUUAUUCUCCUGAAGCCUCAGGCACGAGGCUGACACAGUGGCCAAGCACAGAGACACUCCCUGCCCAUGAGGGCAUCUGGGGGAGGGGAGUGUGGGGUCCAACCCAGUUCUGUGCAGCCCCAGAGCAGGAGGAGCAGGAAUCUUUUGUGCUGAACCACAGUGUCCGAGCCAGAAUACUUCAAAAGUGGUUUAUUUUCAUGGCACUGAGGGCACUGGAGCUGUGUGUUCUGUCCAGCCAAGGCUUUGCAAUCCCCAAAGGCUCCCCAGGAAGUAAUGUCCAUGUUUCCUUUGUAAAUUAGAUCUUUUAAAAGCCCAGCAGACAGCCUGGACGCAGGACUGGAAGGGAUUCUGAGGAACGUUGCUGACAACACUAAAUUUGGGCACGACAAUGUAAAAAAAUACAUUAAGCUAUUAGAGGGUGUCCAAAGGAGGCCAUAAGGAUGGGGAAGGGUUUGGAGGGGCCUUGUGAGGAGCAGCUGGGGGCACUUUGUUCAGCCUGGAGGAGACUGAGGGGAGACGUUUUGGUCUUCAGCAGCCUCAGGAGGGGCAGAUGCAGAUCUCUGCACUUGUGAGCAGUGACAGGGCCCGAGGGAAUGGCUGCACCUGUGUCAGGGAGGUUUAGGCUGGAAAUCAGGAAAAAGUUUUUCCCCCCAGAGGGUGGUGGGGCACAGCACCAAGCCUGUCUGAGAUCAAGAAGCGUUUGGACAGUGUUCUCACGUGGUGGGAUUUUUGGGUUGUCCUGUGCAGGGCCGGGACUUGGACUCGGUGACGCUGAUGGGUCCCUUUCCAGUCAGCAAAUUCUGUGAUUCUGUGAUCCCCAACCAACAAGAGCUGUUUCCAGGUUCUUCCCUGCACUUGAGCCCACAAGCCCUGUUAGCACCAAAGGGGGUCUCGCUCUCUGCCCUCUGCCAAGCCCCCAGAGCCACAGGCUCAGCCCGUGGCGUGGGGGUGGGAGGUCUGAGUGGCCACAGCACCUCCUCCAGUGCCCCCCAGCUUUCCUCCCCCUUCACCCCUUCCUCUGCUGGCAUCCCCAGCCGAGCAGUGUCCCAGCCACAGCUCCUGGCUCGUGUCCCACCCUCAGGCCAGGCUCUCAGGGCUGGAGGGACCCUAGAGGAGGGUCCCCUUCCCUGGAGCAGCUUCAGGUUCACUGAGCAGAGACCCCCCGCUCCUCUCCAGGAGCAGUCCCUGGGGAGCAGAAACCCAGGACAUCCUUGUGCAAGACUGGCCAUGAGUGUGUUCCCAUCUUGCAGGCAGCAUCCUCAAGGCCAUCACCUCUUUUUGGGGAGAGGGAAGAGUCAGUCCCCUCUCCACACGGGGCAGGGAGUGGGGAGAAGCGAUGUCCCCAGUCACCAGCCCCCUGCCCCAGGCCUCUCCCCAAGCAGUUCCGUUGUAUUAUAGAUUUACCACUGACCCCCGUGGUGGCAUCUUCUGCAAACAUUUCAGACCUGUAACUUUUAUAUUAAAGACAAAUAAAACACCAAUAACGAGCCUGCCUGAUGAUCCUGUUUACAGUGCAUGCACAGUCUGUGGAUUAAAGUGACAAUCGAAUCCGCC